CUCUCUUCAGGCUUGCUGAUUCUCUGGGGGCAGCUCUGUGUUUAUAAUUCUUCAUCAAGCCCCGCCUUGGCCCUCCUCAGCCAAUCACCGAGCUCAGUGCGGCUGCCAGGUCGGGAAUAUUCCAGGAGUUUCGCUUCAGGUCCUGCCCCCUGGCUUUCUUGGACCAAUCAGCACCCUGGGUGCCUCCCCUCCCCGAACUCUCCAGACUCUUCUGGGGCUUGCUGGCUAGCACUGUCUCGGGAAGGGAGCAGUGGGUGGGCAAGGGGUGGGACGGGCUGGCAGGUACGGAGUAGGGGCGUGGGUGGGUUGUUGACGCCGCCCCCCCCUCCAGUGGCGUUACAAUGGCGAUGGUGCCUCUGACCUCAUGGGCUGGUAGGGAAUCAGGAUGAUAGGUCUGGGCCUGGCUCAGAGUUGUAGGGCGGGGCGGGUGGGGGGCGGGGGGACACCGGCUGCGCAGUUUGGAUAUUGAGGGAGCCCCAAGUUGUAGGGGCUCCGCAAUCGGAACCGUAUCAAACUGGAUCGAAGGCGGCGGGGCACUAGGUCUAGGAAAACCAUGGCUGCUGCUAAGGGAACGGCUAUUGGCAUCGACUUGGGCACCACCUACUCCUGUGUGGGAGUGUUCCAGCACGGCAAGGUGGAGAUCAUUGCGAACGACCAGGGCAACCGCACCACCCCCAGCUAUGUGGCCUUCACAGACACUGAGCGGCUUAUCGGAGAUGCAGCUAAGAACCAGGUAGCCAUGAAUCCCCAGAACACUGUCUUUGAUGCCAAACGUCUGAUCGGCAGGAAAUUUAAUGAUCCUGUAGUGCAGUCAGAUAUGAAACUUUGGCCUUUCCAAGUAAUCAAUGAAGGAGGCAAGCCCAAGGUAAUGGUAUCCUACAAAGGGGAGAAAAAGGCUUUCUACCCUGAGGAAAUCUCUUCUAUGGUACUGACUAAGAUGAAGGAGACUGCUGAGGCUUUUUUGGGCCACACUGUCACCAAUGCUGUGAUCACCGUGCCAGCCUACUUCAAUGACUCUCAACGCCAGGCCACCAAGGAUGCAGGCGUGAUUGCAGGUCUCAAUGUGCUGAGAAUUAUCAAUGAACCCACAGCUGCUGCCAUUGCCUACGGCUUAGAUAAAGCAGGUCAGGGAGAGCGACAUGUCCUGAUCUUUGAUCUGGGUGGAGGCACAUUUGAUGUGUCCAUUCUGACCAUAGAUGAUGGGAUUUUUGAGGUAAAGGCCACAGCUGGGGACACCCACCUGGGUGGAGAGGAUUUUGACAACAGGCUUGUGAGCCACUUUGUGGAAGAGUUCAAGAGGAAACAUAAGAAGGACAUGAGCCAAAACAAGCGGGCAGUGAGGCGGCUGCGCACCGCCUGUGAGAGGGCCAAGAGAACCCUGUCCUCCAGCACGCAGGCCAACCUGGAAAUUGAUUCACUUUAUGAAGGCAUUGACUUCUACACAUCCAUCACCAGGGCCCGAUUUGAAGAGUUGUGUGCAGACCUGUUUAGGGGCACCCUGGAGCCCGUGGAGAAGGCUCUUCGGGAUGCCAAGAUGGAUAAGGCUAAAAUCCAUGACAUUGUUUUAGUAGGGGGCUCCACCCGCAUCCCUAAGGUUCAGAGGCUAUUGCAGGACUACUUUAAUGGUCGUGAGCUCAACAAGAGCAUCAACCCUGAUGAAGCAGUUGCCUACGGGGCUGCAGUACAGGCAGCCAUUUUGAUGGGGGAUAAGUCUGAAAAGGUACAAGACCUGCUUUUGUUGGACGUGGCUCCCCUGUCCUUAGGUUUGGAGACCGCCGGGGGUGUCAUGACUGUCCUGAUCAAGCGCAAUUCCACCAUCCCCACCAAGCAGAUGCAGAUCUUCACCACCUACUCAGAUAACCAGCCUGGGGUGUUGAUCCAGGUGUACGAGGGCGAGAGGGCCUUGACGCGGGACAACAACCUGCUGGGGCGCUUUGAUCUGAGUGGAAUCCCUCCUGCACCAAGGGGAGUUCCGCAGAUUGAGGUGACCUUUGACAUUGAUGCCAACGGUAUUCUCAAUGUAACAGCCAUGGACAAGAGUACAGGCAAAGCCAACAAGAUCACCAUCACCAAUGACAAAGGCCGGCUGAGCAAGGAGGAGAUUGAACGCAUGGUUCUGGAUGCUGAGAAAUAUAAAGCUGAGGAUGAGGUCCAGAGAGAGAAAAUUGCUUCAAAAAAUGCCUUAGAAUCCUAUGCUUUUAACAUGAAGAGCGCUGUGAGUGAUGAAGGCCUAAAGGGCAAGAUUAGUGAGUCUGAUAAAAAGAAAAUACUGAGUAAAUGCAGUGAGGUCCUUUCAUGGCUGGAGGCCAAUCAAUUGGCUGAGAAAGAUGAGUUUGAUCAUAAGAGAAAGGAAUUGGAGCAGGUGUGUAACCCAAUCAUCACAAAACUCUACCAGGGAGGAUGCACUGGGCCUUCCUGUGGAACAGGGUAUACACCUGGAAGGGCUGCCACAGGCCCCACCAUUGAAGAAGUAGAUUAAUCUUAUCUGGAGCUGGAGGGUUCUAGGGUGCCUCUAAGAUGAAUUUUGUUCCCCUCGUCUUCAAACAUGGUUAUGAUUCCUGAGUUGACUGGACCUGAACCUAAGUUACCAUCCCUGUUCAAUUCUGAUGGAAGAGCCUCUUAUACCAUCUUUUCACACUCCAACAUCCAGUUUCUGACUCUGGAAUGAGACUUUUAGGAAAACUAGGCCCCUCUCUGAAACAUUUGAAGAAUUUGAAUGUCUGUUAUUUAUUUCCAGCCUCCCCAGCUUUUUCUUCCUGUGUGGAUGGUUAUCUGUCCCUCAGUAAAUUUGUUCCUAAAGCACAUUA